AUGGAGCUGAACCAGACAUCCCCACCUCCCACAUCACCCAUGCCAGAGACCGACGGAGAUGACCCGUGCAGGAUGGACGUCACCGACAUGGCCAUAGACAGUGUCCAGCUGCUCAUCUCCCUCUGCGGGCUGAUGGGGAACGGGGCCGUCCUCUGGCUCCUCGGCUGCCGCAUCCGGCGGAACCCCCACACCCUCCUGUCUCUGAUGUACCCGAGGUCGCUUUUCCUGCUCUCGCUCUUCUCCUACAAUGUGGGCCUGUACCUCCUGACGGCCAUCAGCAUCGAGAGGUGCGUGUCCAUCCUCUACUCCAGCAUCCGCCGCCCCCAGCACUUGUCAGCCGUGGUGUGUGCCCUGCUCUGGGCCCUCUCCAUCGCUGUCGUUGCUGCAGUGACUUCUCUGUGCCUGUUGCACGACCAUGAGCACUGCCAGAUAGCUCUCAUCUCCAUGUACGUCCUCAACUUCCUCAUCUUUGCACCACCCAUGGUUAUUUCCAAUGUGAUCCUGUUCGUUAAGGUCUUGUGUGACUCCAAGCGACGUCAACCCAAGAGGCUCUACAUCGUUAUCUUCCUCACCGUCCUCUUCUUCCUCAUCUUCGCUCUUCCCCUCAGCGUCUGGAAUUUCCUGCAGCAGUUCAGCUACACUGUCGUGCCCUACCAGGUUGUUUUCCUGCUCGCCUGCAUCAACAGCAGCAUCAACCCCUUCAUCUACUUCUUGGUGGGGAGCUGCCGGAGGCAUUGCUCCUUGAUGUCCCUCCAGGUUGCCUUCCAGAGGGUUUUUGAAGAGACGGGGAUCACCGUGAUCUCCAGCUAA